ACCCACCUCGCAAAAUUUCAGCCCAAAGCUGGAUAAAGGAAGGCCAGAAAGAUUGCUCACAAAUCAUUCCAUGGCAAAGUUAGGCCACAAAGACACAAACAGGAACCUUGAGACUCUUCCAGAAUUGGACAAAUCGGCAGGAGUGAAAAAUGUUAUGCCCCUUGUGUCUAGGAAGAUGAUGCGGGGGCAUGGCCUUGACAACCUAUCAUACAGUGUCAUGAAGAAGCAAAAGAAAGAUGGUGUGUGGAUCAAGAAAGAAGCCUACCUUCUCAAUGAUAUAUCAGGGCAGGGUAUGAGGCAAAUUAUGGCCAUCAUGGGGCCUAGUAGUGCUGGGAAAUCUACCUUUCUUGAUGCAUUGGCUGGUCGGAUUGCUCAAGGCAAUCUUGAAGGAUCUGUCAAAAUAGAUGGAAAAUCGAUCACAGAAGUUAGGCUUCCUCCUUCCAUUUCCAUGGAGGAGAAGAAAAGCGAGUCAUUGAGCUCCUUGAUCAACUGGGAUUACAGCACAAUACAUACAUACAUUGAUGAUGAGGGGAGGAGAGGAGUGUUAGCGGAAGCUUCUAAUUCCAGCCCAUUUUUCUACCGCCUAUUGCAAGAGGCUGUAAGCUACAGCAGCCAUUGUGGAAAAUUUGCAAUGCUGUGGAAAGGGACAAUGGAGGACCUUCUUUAUGUGAAGGAAUUUCAUGAGCCUGUCUUUUCAGAACAAAAGCCAGACAGCAUGAAGGAUGAAGAAUGGAGGCUACUCCAUAGGUACAAAGAUGGCACUCCCACAAUAGACCAUGUUAAUGAUUUCCUUGGCAUCAUCAAGGAGUUAGCUAAUUUGGGCAUAGACUUUGAUGAUGAAGUGAAUGGUCUAAUUCUUCUCAACACCUUGCCGGAAUCAUGGGAGAGUUUUAGAUCAACAACAAUCAACUCAUCUCCCGGUGGUCAAGUCACACUAGAAAUUGCCAAAAACAGGAUCUUUGAAGAGGAAAAAAGGAUGCAAGCAUUGGGAGUCUUCUCGCAACCAGAUACUCAAGCUCUUGUCACGGAGAAUAGAGGCAGGAGUAAAACCAGAGAACCCAAAGGACGAGGAGGCAAAUCCAGAUCAAAGUCCAAAAGUGGAGUGAAAUGCUAUCAUUGUGGUCAACUAGGCCACAUGAAAAGGAAUUGCUAUUUGUUGAAAGGAAAAGACAAGAAAAAGGUUGAAGAUAGCAAUACAACCGUUAUAGUAUCUACCAAUGGCGGUGAUGUGACUCUACUAUGUGAUCAUGGGGAGUGCUGCCAUACAAAUGUUGGAUGCACAUUAACACUGAAAAAUGUGCGACAUGUUCGCGAUAUGCGUAUGAAUCUAUUGUCUGCAAAAGCACUGGAUGAAGAAGGAUACGCACACUACUUCAGGAAUGGUAGUUGGAAACUCACUAAAGGAUCAUUGGUGGUGUCAAAAGGGAGAGCAUGUUGCUCAUUAUACAAGACACAAAUGAAAAUGUGUGGAGGUCAACUGAACAUAGUUGAAGAUGAGGCUUCUCCAAAUUUAUGGCACAAAAGAUUUCCUUACAUGAGUGAGAAAGGAUUGCAACUUUUGGCUAAGCAGUCCCUUGUUCCCAUUGCCAAAAGUGGACAUGUGAAUCCUUGUGACGUUUGCCUAUUUGGAAAGCAACACCGAGUUUCUUUUCAGAAGAAUUUGACUCGGAAGGAGAACAAGCUAGACUUGGUCUACUCUGACGUUUAUGGUCCCCUGGAGGUGGAGUCGUUUGGUGGUAAUAAAUAUUUUGUUACCUUUAUUGAUGAUGCAACUCGGAAGGUUUGGGCAUACUUGUUGCAGAAUAAAAGCCAAGUUUUCAAGUAUUUCCAGCAUUACCAUGCUAUGGUGGAAAGGGAGACAGGUUUGAAGUUGAAAUGUCUUCAUACAGAUAAUGGAGGGGAGUACACCUCCAAAGAAUUUAGAGACUACUGUUUGAAGCAUGGCAUAAGGCAUGAAAAGACGAUUCCUGGCACGCCACAACACAACGGUGUUGCAGAACGGAUGAACCGUACCAUUGUGGAGAAAGUUCGAUGCAUGCUAAGAAUGGCAACUCUACCUAAGCCAUUCUGGGGUGAAGCAGUCAACACAGCAGUUUAUUUGAUCAACCAGUCACCUUCAGUUUCUUUGAAUUUUGAAAUCCCAGAGAAAGCUUGGACGGGAAAGGAUGUUGAAUACUCUCACUUGAGAGUGUUCGGGUGGAAAGCAUUUAUGCACGUGCCAAAGGAACAGAGAUCAAAGCUGGAUGAUAAAAAUAUUCCAUGCAUUUUUGUUGGAUAUGGUGAUGAGGAGUUUGGCUACAGACUAUGGGACCCAGAAAAGAAGAAAACUGUCAGAAGUAGAGAUGUCGUGUUUUAUGAACAAGAGAAAAUUAAUGAUUUGAAGGAGGACAAAGCUACAGGAAGCUCUGGAGAGGGUGUAGAAGAUUUAACACCGGCAAAAACUCCUUCAAGAAAAAUUACAGAUGAAGAAGAGGUGCAAGCACCAGAAGAUGAGACAGAGGAGCCAACAAUUGAAGAAGAUGAAGCAAGUGUAGAUGGGGGAAAUGAUGAGCAGGCGGAGCAAUCCCUGCCAUAGGAGGAAGAACCUCAGUUGAGAAGGUCCACUAGAGAGCACAAACCAUCUGCAAGAUACUCCAAUUCUGAUUAUAUCUUGAUCACUAAAGAAGGGGAGCCGGAGAACUUCCGAGAGGUGCAGUCUCACAAAGAUAAAAACUGUUGGAUGAAGGCUAUGCAGGAAGAAAUGAACUCCCUACAU